GCGUAGAGAGAGAGCAAAAACCCUAAAGAAACGAUUAUAAAACCUCUCUCCCUUCUGCCGCUCUCACUUUUUAUUUUAUUAUCUCUAGAUAGCAGCCCUAAACUCUCCUGUCGAAUCUCUCUUUUCCUCCUUGAUCAACAAUGGAAUUUUGGGGAGUUGAAGUUAAGGCUGGGAUGCCACUAAAAGUGAGGCCUCAAGUAGACCAUCUCAUCCACCUUUCUCAGGCUACAAUCGAUGCCAAAAAGGGAGAAUCUGGUCUCUUGUACGUGACUAUUGAUUGGAAGAAACAUGUCAUUGGAACGCUCUCUCAAGACCACAUUCCUCAGAUGACCUUUGACCUUGUCUUCGAGCAGGAGUUUGAGCUUUCUCACUCUUUGGAGAGUGGUAGUGUCCACUUUGUUGGCUACAGAUCUCCCAACAUCGAUCAAGAGGAGGACUACCCUUCUGAUUCAGAGGAGGAGGAGGAGGUGGUUCCUGCUACUUCAACUGUCACUUCCGUUGGGAAUGCUGCUGCUGCUUCCAAGGCUGCUGGCUCAAAACCAAAAGCCAAGCCUGCUGAAGUGAAGCCUGAGUCAGAGUCUGAUGAUGAUGAUGAGUCUGAGGAGGAGAAGGAUGAAGAAGAUGACUCUGAGGAGGAGGAGGAGGAUGAAGAGGAAGAGGAGGAGACCCCUAAGCAGCCUGAGCAGCCGAGCAACAAGAAGAGGGCCACUGCAUCUGCUUCCAAAACACCUGUCCCAGCAAAGAAGACCAAAACUGCAGUAGCACCCACUCCUCAGAACACUGAAGAGAAGAAGAAGAGCGGGCACACAGCUACACCACACCCCGCUAAAAAGGGUGGAAAGAGUCCUAACCAGGGCCCAGGUCAAUCAUCCGCUGGUAACAAGAAGCAAUUCAAUUCUGGCAAGCAGUCUGGUUCCAACAACAAGGGCAAGGGAAAAGGAAAGGGCAGAGCCUAAGUUGCUUGUGUGAACAAAUAAGUAGUUUUUGGUUUUUACUUAUGUCUUAAGAUUUUAUCUAUCAUCGGAAAAGUUAUCUAACUAGUUUGCAACUUUAUGAAUAUUGCCUUGUGAUAAAGAACUUGGUCUGCUACUACUAUUAGUAAGGGUGUUGAAAAAUACUA